GGUAAAGCGAGAACAUCAACAAUCGUCACCGUGAUCAUAUCAAUUGAACUGAUAGCUCGCACGUAGAAUAGGUCUCAACAGCAAGUAGUAUAAGAGCAAAGUCCAACGAGGACACAUGGACAAUGUCGAGAGAAGCUGUGUUGUGUGUAUGUGUGGGUGUGCGAGGCUCACAACCAACCAGUGGCAUACAGUUUAUGCUUCAGGCCAACACGCAUCACAACGAUACACCCAAAGCCCAGACAAGAAUCAAAGCAUUGUCCCAAUCACUCAAUCAAUUACACCACAAUACACAAAACCACUAUCUCUUAUCAAUUCUGAGCCAUCAAAAAGCGUCAGAAGCAAAAACCCUCGCCUCAAACGACAAUUGGCGGAAAACCCAUCCUCGCCUCGCCUGGCUUAGCCUUGGCCCCAAUAAUUGUCUUGUCAGUCUUUCGUCCAGAAACCGCAAGUUGAUAACAGCCUGCCUAGCGCAGCCGCUUUUCCGUGUAGCCUCGUAAACAGUAAACAGUAAACACUCGUACCCGUACUCACUACCGUAACUGUAACAAUAACAGCAGUAAACUAAUAUCGACAGAAUAAUUGGGGA